UCGAGUCUUUUGUGCCCUCGCCGCCGCCCCCCAAACGGGAUCUGCCAUCGCCACCGCCCCCAACCAUCACCCCUCGCCGCCGCCCCCAACCAUCACCCUCGCCGCCGCCCCGCAACCACCGCCGCCGCUGACUACCCUCCACUCUGACCACUGCCGCAGUCGCCCCCAGCACCCCACCUUGGCGCCGCCGAGCACCAACUAUCACGGAUCUAAGCCACCGCCCGCCGGCCCAGUUGCCGAGCCACUCAACCACCGACCACCAUCCUUGGCCGAACGAUCCAUCGCCACGACCCUACUCCGCGAGCUUGCUUGCCCGAGCAGCAGUUGUCACCGGAGCAUCGAGCGGGGCCGCCUCCUCUACGUGACUACGUCCUCUGCCCCAAGCAGCGGACCGUCCGUCCCCUCCUACGAGCAACCCUACCUCCUCAACAUCCUCUCCCUUGGUGUUGUUUGAGUAUUACUAAUUUGCAAGAUUGAUCAUCAGAGCUAGCAGCAGUGAAAGUAAACUGCAUCUUUCGAUGAAGUUGACAACGACAGCUACGGAUACAAACGGGGAAAAAGAAUACAUUAUGGAGACUAUGCAAUGCUUUCUAUUUGCUAGAGACAACCUCCCCAACGACGUGUACCGUGAGUUUCUCAAGACCAUGACCGAGGUUUGGAAAUACUGGGCUGACCCUGAUGGUGAAAUAAGGAACAUCUGCCCUGAAAACUGCAUAGAGACGGCGUUGAAGCUAUUCCCGGGCUGGGCUACAGUUAAGCAGAGCUUCCUGAACUUUACUGAAGGCCGUAGCCCCAUCGAAGGCAAUGAAAAUGUCGAUGCUGAUGUUGAAGCCGUUGUUGUGAACCCCUUGCUACAUGAACCAAUGGAUUUUCUUUCCAGAUUGAAGAACUAGGCCCAGUUCUAAUUGAUUGGCGGGUUCCCGGUGUGGUCUUUUACUUGCUAUGUUGCGUCGCUUGAGAAAAGAGUGAGUAAAGAUGCUGAAAGAAUGUGUCUGUAAUUCUACUUGAAUCAUUGGCAGCAAUUUU